UAGUUUUAAAUGGCUUUAUUGUUUUUCGAAGUAUUCUCCACGAAGCAAUUUUCGAAACACUCGUUUGCUGGCAGAUCCAAAACGGCAUCUUUGAAUGCGUCAACUGCUCCUUCUGGUGACUGGAACCUUUGACCACGCAGUCUGUUUUUAAUUUUGGGUAAAGUAAAGAAAUCGUUAGGACUUAGAUCGGGACUAUAUGGAGGAUGGUCCAAUAAUUCCACGCUUU